GGCCUUUUCUGUCUUGCAGCCAAAUACCCUGAGAUCAAGUUGCUGAUGGGCCCAGAUCCCAACCUGAAAUGGAUCGUCGCACUGAUGGUAGCAAUUCAGCUUUUGGCCUUCUACCUCGUGAAAGACUUAGAGUGGAAAUGGGUGCUUUUCUGGGCCUAUGUGUUUGGUGGAUGUGUCAACCAUUCCAUAACACUGGCUAUCCAUGAAAUUUCUCACAAUGCUGCUUUUGGGAACAAGCAUGCACUGUUGAACCGUUACUUUGGCAUGUUUGCAAACCUUCCUGUUGGUCUGCCAUACUCUAUCUCCUUCAAGAGGUAUCACAUGGAUCAUCACCGCUACAUGGGUGGGGAUGGUAUUGAUGUGGACAUUCCCACAGAGUUUGAGGGAUGGUUUUUCUGCACAAGAAUCAGGAAGCUAUUCUGGGUCAUCUUGCAGCCACUCUUCUAUGCUAUUCGCCCACUAUGCAUCAACCCCAAACCCAUCACUUAUCUGGAAAUCACCAAUCUGAUUGUUCAGCUAAUCUUUAACCUGCUGGUUUAUUACUUUUGGGGCAUGAAAUCCAUUGUGUAUAUGUUAUCAGGAUCUCUCCUUGGUAUGGGCUUGCAUCCCAUUUCUGGACACUUCAUUGCUGAACAUUAUAUGUUUUUGAAAGGUCAUGAAACCUACUCCUACUAUGGGCCCCUCAAUAUGAUCACCUUCAAUGUAGGAUAUCACAACGAACACCAUGACUUCCCUAGUGUUCCAGGAUGUCGGCUUCCUCAAGUAAAGAAAAUUGCUGCUGAUUAUUAUGACAACUUGCCACAAUACUCAUCCUGGGUGAAAGUGCUGUAUGACUUCAUCAUGGAUGACACAAUCAGCCCCUACUCUCGGAUUAAAAGGAGUGUGAAAGAUGCCAAACAAGACUAAAAUGGAUCUGGGAACUGACAAGCUGGUUUGCCUACUAAGUCAAUUGCAGUGUUUUCAUACAGAUCUUGUAUUUUCUAAGAACAAUGUAUUAAAGUUUUGUUUUUCUACAAACUAUGUGCACUGGCAAAAUCCUCUUCCUCUUCGUCCAUAAGUGGUGUCUGCCUGCUCUACCCAAGCUCCAAUGUAAACUUAAAUAUCACCUGGGGGUAUAAAAUAUUUAUUAUGGCUUAAAUUUUGUUUUGCUUCUAAACUAAUUUUCACCUUGAUGCUCUCCCAGUACGAGAACUUGCAGCAUGAUGACAGGCAGAAGCCUCCAUGUCAGGUUUUGACUUGCAAGCACCUAACAGAUUGGGAUGGGCUGGGUCUCUAAUGGUAAGCUUCUUUUUAGGAGGAAAAGUGACAGCUUCCUGAUCUUGCAGGAGACAGAUUACAAGAAUCUUGUCAUAUUGAGCUGAGUAGUUCAGCACGUGAUUGAAAUGGGGCCUAUUACCUACUCGGAUCAGUUUGUCAUUGCUAGAUCUAACUGAAGUUUUAACUGUUGCUGAUUUCUCUUGCAUUUGAGGAUCAGUUCAACUAUAACCAUUUUUUUAAGCAAAAGAUUACUUCUGUUCAUUAAUAUUGUGAAGCUAUUUACAGCCACUGUUUACCACUGUCAAAUUGUUCACCUUUUACAGUUAAUAAAGCUUUCAAUGUGGAA